CUCACACUCAACACUCAACUCAGAAACUCAGUACUCACACACAUUACUCACUGUUGAGUAAUGUCAUCCUGAUGUUUGUAAAUCCCGAUCAAUUUCUUGGUAAAUGUAGAUGAACACGAUGCUGCUAUUAUGGCCUCUCACUUUUGGACACAGUGGUGUUUUGGAUUUGCAUUUACAUUAUUAUGGGUAGCUGUGCUCCUUACAUCAACCGCUGAGAGCUCCUUGGCUGUACCUAGAGAAGUCUUCACAUCAUUAGGAGACACUGUAACAUAUCAAAGGGCAAAAAGAUCUCCUGACGAAGAAACAUUCCAACCCCGCAUUCCAAAAAAAGUGGAAGAUUAUGAAAUAACAGAAGAUGAUUUCAACGAUACGCAAGUGACGAGCCAACAGACCAGCAGUGAAGAAGUUUCUUUAGACAAUGAGGAUGAGGCCAAGGAAACUCCUCAGGUGAUAAAGGACCAGAAAAACAAACAAAACGAGCCAAAAAAGUACAAUGCAAGCGAGUUUAAGAAAGUCGCUGCAGAAAUCAAACCUUCAAACGACAGCGCGGGUGAAAAACCAAAGCUACCCAUUUACAACCCGAAUCCAGUUAUAAAGUACAACAAUUCCUUUAAAAAAGAUUCUAAAUUGAAUUCCUCUGUUGAUUCUAGUUUCAAAGCGGAUAGUUCUAAUUUGAAAGUUCCCAGCAAAUUUAUGAGGAAAGUCAAAGGAGAUGUCAUUGAAGGGCCAGUCAACACGACUAAGGUAGCUAGUCUCAAUGAGACUCGCUUGAUGAGUGAUCAGCCGGUUGCUACAGAGAGCGAGAGUGAUGCGGUCAAUAACUCUACGGAUAUCUCUGAUGACGAAACUCUGGAUGGCCUUUUACAAAACUCAACAAGUAUAAGCGAAGACAACUCUACAAGCGCAGAUGGCCGUACAAUGCCGUCAGAGGAUCUUAACAUUGUUCUGAUAUCUGGGGUUACUCUGGGUACAGCCGCGCUACUGGCAGUUGUAGCAGGUGGAGGAUUUGUUUAUUACCGUCACAGAAUGUGGAACAAACCGCAGACGUUGAGUGACAAAUGCAGCAACGCUGACUCUAGCGGCUACAUUGAUGACAGCACACUUAGGGAGAAUUCAGAAGAAAUGUACAGUUUGGACAAUGAUUCAUUCCUGAAUAGCUUGGAAGCGAUGACGAUUCAGAACUACUGGACUGACAAUGUCAAACAUACCAAGCUGUAAGCUGUAGCAAUAUUCUCAGUUAACCAAAUGUGCAUUUUGCGUCCAUAUUUAUACAUAGCCCUCACAGGAGUUGUAUGGAUAUUUCCUUUACAAAAACACUAUCCUGACUUUUAUAUAAUAUUUCUCAAGUAUAUUUAUGUUAUUGAAAGUUUUAAACGCAUAGUAAAACUAUAUACACAAUGACCUUCAAUCAGUUUAAAUAGUCCAGUGUUUAAACAAAGUGCAGUAUUUUAUAUGACUGUUAUUUUUAUAUAUUCAGUUAGAGUUAGUAUAGAUUCAUCACAAAAAUAACUAUUUUAUUUAUGCAUUUUACAUGUUGACAGUGUUAAGUGUUACCUUAGCUCUGAUGUUCACUUAAGUAGGUUGUAGAACACGUAGUGGAGGGCUGAAAUGUCUGUGAUGGUAGGAUAGUUCACACCGGACGAUUAAACCAACCUUCAGGUCAUUUUAUACUGUUUUUUCAUAGUAUUAAAUGUAUUCUUGUCUUUCUUUGUAGCUAGACAUAACUAAUAUUUUUUGUAAAUUUACACUAGUAGGAAAUGUACAAAUUUAUACAUUUGUAAUUUUCCUGUAUAUCGACACGGUUUAUUUUGUUGCAAAUAUCUUUAAUCGGUUGUGAUUUAUUUAAUUGUUACUAAUGUUGGCUUCGUGUUGUUAAGUUUUAGUUGCGGUUAUGUAAAUAGGCGAUGCAAAUUAUGACAGUGUAAAUACUUUUUAUUUUUAUAUAUUGUAAAUCCACAUCCCACAAAACAUUUUCAAGUAGGGUUAAAUGAAAUGAAAAGAAAUACCUGACUACAAUCACAGAAAACGUACUACUAUAACCCAGAAUGCCAACCGCAUGGUAAAAA